GUUUUUUUCAGUCGCUAACAAGCGUUUGUCCAAACAGUUGUCACAUUUUCAAAACUCUAAACACAAUUAGCACAGCAUCGGUCUUUUGUGGCCAUACCAUUCACACAUUUCAUGUCGUUUUCACACAAUAUGCAAUCAGUGAACACAUUUCCACAAUGCUUACAUUUUCUUAACAGACAAGUUAUACCUCCCAACAAAAUUAUGGAUUGUUUUUGUAGUAUUCACGAAUGUUAACACACAACAUCCCACAAUAGCAAAAACAAUAUUCCAAACCUUAGAUACAGUAUAAAAACCUCUGCUUCUGCAAUGAUAUCAGUUCAAAAACAAUAUAUCUCAGCUGAUAAUAAACAAACAAUUGAAUAAUUGACACACAGCUGAUUUAUGUUGGGUGAAUUGGGCCAACCACAGCUGAUUCCAUUCUGGCUUAGACUCAGUGGCAGGGUUUUUUUUUUUCUAUUACUAUAAAAUGAGGACUUUGAGGAGUGAUGUUUUUGGAAACAGAAACAGAAAAAGACAAACACUGUAAUGUCUGGACGUGGAAGAGGACGAGCAAGGGGCCCAGGGAGAAGACCAGCUCCAGUGAGAGAUGCAGGGCCAGGGAGAGGUGCAGUGAGAGGUGCAGUAGGAGGUGCAGGUGCAGGAAGAGGAGCAGACCCAAGGAGAGGGCAAGGUAGAGGUGUAAGAAUGCGUGGUGGUGGCAUUCCAAGGGCUGCAAGAACAGUAGUCAGUGAUGAAAUUCGUGCCACUAUCAUUGACCAUGUAAUCAACCAUGGUCUCUCACUAAGAGAGGCUGGUGAAAGAGUCCAACCCAAUUUGAGGCGGUCAACGGUUGCCUCCAUUAUUCGCAUCUUUCAACAAACCAACAGGUAAGUAUUGCAUUUUACAUGGAUUGUUUCUAUUCUCACUUGACAUGUCAAUAAGGUCAUACAGUAAUGCAUAUGUUGAUUUUUUUCCCCUCUAAAGAAUGCAACGUCUUCCACCCUCUGGGGGAAGAGGAAAGCUCCUCAAUAAUGAUCAAGAGCUUGCCAUUGUAGAAAUGGUUGUUGCAAAUAAUGCAAUAAAACUGCAUGAAAUUAAAACUAGAAUUGUGGAGGACCAUGAGAUAUUUGGCAAUAUAGAAAGCAUCAGCCUCACAACCAUUACACGGACACUGUCCAAACACAGAGUGCGGAUGAAGCAGCUCUACACUGUUCCCUUUGAGAGGAACAGUGAGAGAGUCAAGGAGCUACGACGACAAUAUGUCCAGAGAGUUAUGGAAUUGAAGGCCAACCAGGCCCUUCAUGAAUUCAUUUACAUAGAUGAGGCAGGAUUCAUUCUAUCCAAAAGGCGUCGACGUGGACGAAAUAUAAUUGGAAAAAGGGCCACAGUUGAUGUGCCAGGACAGAGAGGGGCAAACAUUACCAUGUGUGCAGCAAUGGCAAAUGCAGGAUUACUCCUUCACAGAUGUCAGGUUGGACCCUAUAAUACCGAGCCCCUCCUUGCCUUUCUCAAUGAUCUCCACCAGCACCUGGUACCAGAGCAGGAUCAGGAGGGUGAAAACAUGAGGACCUUUGUAAUUACCUGGGACAAUGUUGCUUUCCAUCAUUCGCAAGCAAUAACAGCAUGGUUUGAAGUCCACCCAAGACUGGUAAGUCUCUUCCUUCCACCCUAUUCACCUUUCCUCAACCCCAUAGAGGAGUUCUUUUCUGCAUGGAGGUGGAAGGUUUAUGACCAUCAGCCACAUGACCAGAUGUCCCUCCUUGAAGCCAUGGAUGCUGGCUGCAGGGACAUCACAGUUCAAGAUUGCCAAGGGUGGAUCCGACAUACCAAGCGGUUUUAUCCCAGGUGCAUCGCCUUGGAUGAUAUCAGAUGUGAUGUUGACGAAAACAUGUGGCCUAACCCUGAAGAUCGCAGGGAUUAGAUACAUUAAUUUUGUGCUAUUUUUAGUUCCCCCUUCUUAUCUGGGCUUUUUGCUGUUUUGUUUUUUGUUUUGUUUUUUUGUUUUUCAGAAUGCUCUUAUAUAUGAUAUUUUGUUCACUGUAAGCAAUACUGUAAAACCUUUUCUGUUCUAUUAUAUUGUGUUUCUACUGUAUCUCCUUUAGUAAACAGUAAAGAAAAAAAUAACUGAUUUGCUUUUUACUGGAAUGCGUUUGAAUGUGAACAUUACUGUACAUGUGGACAUACAGUUCCCAACUAAGAAAUUUUGUGUAAAGGGUG